AUGGGCAUCUUUUGGCCUUCUGUUGGAUUUCAUGUCUUCACAGUAUUGUAUAUCCAGCAAGGACUUUCUUCUCAAGCCAAAUUUACUGAAUUCCCUCAAAAUAUCACAGCUCCUGAGGGGCAGAAUGUGGAGAUGUCUUGUGCAUUCCAGAGUGGCUCUGCUUCAAUGUACAUGGAAAUCCAGUGGUGGUUUCUGAGGGCAACUGAAGACCAAGAAGCUGGAGCUGAAGUGACGGAUACUCAGGUGGAGCUAUUACCAGAGAGAGACUUAGACAAUGAUGGAACAAAGAUAAGUACAGUGAAAGUACAGGGGAAUGAUAUUUCCCACAAGCUGCAGAUCUCCAAAGUCAAGAAAAAGGAUGAAGGAUUGUAUGAGUGCAGAGUGACGGAUGCCAAUUUAGGAGAGCUUCAAGAAUAUAAAGCCCAAGCUUAUCUCAAAGUCAAUGCAAAUAGCCAUUCCCGAAGAAUGCAAGCUUUCGAAGCUUCCCCAAUGUGGCUGCAAGAUAAACCUCGCAAGAAUAUCUCAGCUGCCAUCUCUAACAGCAUCCAUAAUUCUGCCAGUCAAAGACCCACUUCUAAUGCUCCAGCAGAUGCCAAAAUGCCUAAGCAAAGCCCACAAUCAGCAAAGAGCAAAUCGCCUGUAAAAUCUACGGAGCGGACAGCAAAACUGACCCUAACUUCUAACCACCACCCUGCACCCAAUGUACUCUAA